AUGCGAAAGUCGAUCAGAUUGACCCUCGUUACGCUCUCGUUGGCAGGUAUAUCCAUUGCUGACAACUUCACCACGACUUGUAAUGGGUAUUACCUUGAAGAUGAUCAUAUUUUGCAUGCAACAUGUACAGCGGAGAAUAAUGUGGCCAACCAGAGACAACUUGAUUUGAACGGUUGCCUCGCAAAUUUGGAUGGCCAGUUAGGACUUGUUGCAAAGGGAAACGCAUUUGCCACAUGUGUCCACGGCUGCGGCCUUUGCUUUUUAGAAGGAGAAAAGCUUACGUGCUCAUGCCGAAGGAGCGACAUGCGCAGUGUGACAUUCAAUACACUCGACUUAGAUGUCAUCGUUAUGAAUCAGGAUGGGAAGCUGUUAUGUAAUCUCUAG